UGUAAAGUAAACAAAGAGAAAAUGGAUAGGGUAGAUUCAUCCACUAGUGAGCUAUGCAAACAAAAACAAGAAAUAAUUAGCGAGGUGAAGAAAGUGACAACUAUAAGCCAAGAGAAAGCACAAAGUGGUGUGGGUGUAUCGUAUGCCAAUGCAUUGAAAGGUAUUCCUCCUAUAAUUGUCAGGCCGAAAAACAAACAAGCGGCUGAGAAGACUAGGGUGGACCUUAAUAAGAUCGAUGCAUCUGAUAUGAAAAUUGAUAGAGUGUCAAAUAAGAAUAACGGGGCAGUGGUUAUAAACGCAAAUAGCGUUUCAGAUAAGGACAGAAUAAAAUCUGCUCUAGCAGACAACUUAAAUAAAGAAGUGUACGACAUCACCGAACCCAAAGUUAAUACGCCUAAAAUUUUGUUAGCGCACAUAAACGCUGAAUAUUCUGAGACGGAGAUAAUAAAUAAGAUAAAAGCUCAGAAUAGCUAUUUAAAUGAUGCGAGUUUGAAAUGUGUAAAAAUAUUUAAGUCCAGGCGCAGUGGUGAGGCAUUUCCUUCAUUCAGUGCAAUAAUAGAAAUUGAGCACAAAUUCUUCCUGCAGGUAUUGGAGUCAAAGAGACUUAGUAUUGGGUGGGAUCGAUGCCCCGUCUAUGAUGGGCAAACCGUGAGAAGGUGCUACAAGUGUCUGGGCUUCAACCAUAGCUCUAACAGCUGUAACAAAAAGCUUAGGUGUAGCAAAUGCAUGGGAGAGCACAAGUCUGAAAGUUGCACUGACAGUAGCCAAAAAGAAGUUUGUGGAAAUUGUUGUGAUGCUGUUAAAGAGUUAGGGCUAAACCUGGAUGUAGCGCACAACGCAUUUAGUCGUGAAUGUCCUGUCUAUAUUAGGAAACUGAAACUAGAGAAACAAAGAGUAGGAUGUUAGCAAUUAGGUGUAAUGGAAAAGCGUAACAGUUACUUAAAAUGCGUGUAUCUUAAUAUAAAUAGUAUAAUAGCCAAUAAAGCCGAGCUUGAAAGGCUUCUUGAGACUGUUGAUCCGGAUAUAGUUUUAUGCUCCGAAACAUGUACAACAGAGGAAAUAAACGACUCCGAAAUCAAGUUUCCAACUUAUCAGUUUAUUAGAUGCGACUCGUAUAGUAGACACACUGGCGGGGUAAUUGUAAUUUUGAGAGACACAAUAGACUUU